UUCAACAAUUGUGCCGUGCAGACGACGUCACUGAUUCAUUCGCCGAUAGUCGGGAAGAGAAACAGCAGUGAAAGCAAGUGGAGAAGUGCAUUCCAAGCGGCAGAAGAUAUAAAGAACAAUUCGGAGAUGGAGCGACUGUUGACCAUGUUCGAGCAGGCGGAUCCCUUCUCCACAUGGUGGCCAACGAUAGCGGCUCUGACGGUGGGCAUUGUGAUUACGGUGCGGACCUUAAUGAGCGGCCAGCGCUGUCCGAACGAUAAUCAAAUCAAGGAGCAAAUCGUGGUGGUCACCGGCGGGAACAGCGGCAUUGGGUUCGAGAUAGCACAGGCACUGGCGGGUCGUGGAGGGAGGAUAAUCCUGGCCUGUCGGAACACCCAGGCGGGCGAACGGGCGGCGGCCAUAAUUAAGCGGGAGCUGGGAUGCCACACCCCGCUGAGUUCGCUGGACGAUGACGAGAAUCCGGCGGACAGGUACUUCGUGGAGGCCCGCUACUUGGACCUCUGUUCGCUGCACAGUGUCCAUCACUUUGCCGGCCAGCUGAUGGCGGAGUUUGAGCGGAUCGACAUACUGGUGAACAAUGCCGGCGUGGUCUUUGCCAACACGCAGGUACCCACGGCGGAUGGCUUCGAGCGGCACAGCCAGGUGAACUACCUGGCCCCAUUCCUGCUCACCCACCUGCUGUUGCCCCACCUGCACCGCUCGGAACAGGGACGCAUCAUUUUCGUUUCGGCCCACGCCCAUCAGGCGGCCAAAAUCGAUUUCGACGAUCCACUCAACGUGGGCACCUGGUCGGUGAAGUUCCACGCCCGCGAAGCCUUCGCCCACUCGAAGCUGUGCGUCCUGCUGGCCACUCGCUGGCUGGCCAGGGAACUCAAAGGUACCUCGGUCACGGUCAACUGCUGCACGCCGGGACUCGUCCGCGGAACCCGCCACCUUCGCAACUCCCCGCUGAUGUCGUCCAUCUGCGUAAAGGCGGUCACCUACCCGUGGAUGUGGCUCUUCAUGAAGAACGCCUACGAGGGAGCCCAGUGCGCCAUCCGCUUGGCCACCGAUCCCCAGCUGAAGGAAGUCACCGGCGAGUACUUCAAUGACUGCGAAAUUGUGGAAAGUUCGGAGCUGGGCCAAGACAAGGAGUUGGCCAAGAAGCUGUAUAUGCAAACCAUAAAAACUCUCGAGAGCGUUACCAAACUAACCGUCGACAGGGAGGCGUACGGCAUGGAUUUGGAGCUGGAGACGGAGACGGACUCUGAGCUGAGGCUGGAGACUCCGGCGGAACGGGAACCGGAAGCGGAAACGAAACGGGCAGCGGAAGGGGAAGGGGGAAAAGAGGAGGGGCAACGGCAGCCAUUGGAGUGAUUUAUGCCUGGCACGCGGCCUGAGUUCUUCGGGGACUGCCAACUGCAGCGUCUAUUUGCAUUUGGUUUAACAAUUGCCGCAUUAGGCAGCCUCCUUUCCGUUUUAUAUGGCUCCCUAACUUUAUAUAGCCCCCCAUUCCCAUCAUUCCCCAGAAAUAAAUGCAACUUUAAUGUGCGCCCACUGAGAA